AUGGAUGUUGCCGACAACCUCAACAAGCGCGCGUCGAGCGGUUCCAAGGCUGUCAUCUCCGUCAGGUCUGACUGGAAGCUCCAGGUUGCCUCAGAAGGUUGUGCCGAGUGCCGGGGCGGACGCCAGGAAGCGCGACCUACGAUGCAGGACGGGCUCCGCAACAGAGGUGAGGCUAUGUUUUAA